AUGACAACGAAGCGAGACCUUGUCCGAAUCGAAGCCGAUAUGGAGCAAGGCACUAAAAAGGAGAGCCGGCGGUGCACGAAGUCUGGAACGCGAGGAGAUCUAGCAAACUAUUGGCGUGGCAGUGGAGGUGGCUCGAUAGAAAGGACUCGAGCGGAUCUGGAUAUGCGUCGCCAAGAGCUGAUUCUAGCAACGGUGCGGACCAGAUGCGAGCUGAGCGAGGUUACGCCGAGACGUUGUAGCCGACGUUGUAGCGCUUCUGCGACGUUAUAG